ACAUUUUUGUUUGCUCGUACGUAGUUGUAUAUGUGUACCGUCGACGCGUCGUACACUGUCAGUAUGCACGUUUUCUUUCAAAUGUCAACAACAGUUUUGCUCUCGCUUGCUGUUGCAACGUAAUCAUCGUCACGCUCUCAGCUAGCUCAGAUCAGAGCAACAAAAACUGGCUUUGCUGUUGAUGAAGGCAGACCUACCUGUAGGUGUGGAAUACCGAGAUGAAUUCCAGGAGAAAAAAGCCGUUUGCGAAUGGCCAUGGAACAGAUGGUUCGGAUAAGCACCUUCCGUCUGUGAUCGUGAAACGACUACCCCUGGAUGCAGAUAAGGCCAGCCUAAUGGAAUGGUUCACCCAGCGUUUAGAGAAGCCAGAAAAUAUCGCUGUCGUCGAGUCGAAAUGUGGACGUGAUAAACACGCGUUUGUACGUUUCUCCACGUUGCAGAAAGCUGUCACAGCCAGUGUCCAGCUUGACAACAAAGUUUUCAGAACCUCUCCUAUUCGUGUUGAGCUGACACACGAGUUUCGUGACGUUGUUCGCUAUGCUGAGGGUAAUGCAUCUCUGGAGGAUCGCAAAUGUUCCAUCUCAGCUCGGAAGAUGAUGACCAUGUUUCUCGAGCAAUAUAACUGUGGCGAAUUUGACAGUUACCAGGAUAUGGUCAUGCAUGUGGCUCAGGUGCCAGUCAAUCCCAUUGCCAAGUACUUCCCUCGCCGUAGCCUCUCCGUUGCUGGUCCCAAGGCCUUCAAGAUGCCAGACUAUCUUGCUGAUGUGCCUGAGUCGGUAUUGACAGAUUCACGAAUUGCACCAACUUCUCCUUUCAAACACCCAAGGCGAAAUGGCCCAACAGCGAAGGUACCAAUGUCUUCUCCUAUAGCGCAACGUGAUGCCUCUGAGACUUCCUGGGUCCCUCCAGCAAUGAGAGGAAGGGACUCACUCUGAUGGGUGCUGUGUGUUGGGUGCUAGUCAUAAUUAUCAAUCUGUCUAUGGUCAGUACACGCACACGGGCAAUGUUGGUUGUCGUUGAGUGGAGCCGUGUGCGAGUGUGGCAACUGCCAUUUCUUAGCUGCCACUCCUCCAGUCCGUCCGUAGUGGCUGUGGACGGUUCUCGCAGCUAUACCCCAAGUCCCGUGGACUUCUCGACAUGCGUUGGCGUCAUUAGUCAGCUACUGUAGUACUGGCUACUGGGUCCACGUCGACUGUGGAAGGGCCAGUUGUUGAGAUCCCUGUCGAAGGUGGUGAUUGCCAGGCUUGACGCUCAAUGAUAGCCUUGAGAUUGAGAGUUGGUAUGCACAGCAAUUGUGUGGACAGUUGACUGACUUUGAAGCUAAAAAACAAAUCAUUUGCUGGUAUCUGUAACGAGCGAGCAUCUUUGUGUUACUACUUUGGCUGCAGGUAUAAUCAAAGAGAUAAAAAAACAAUAGCAUGGGGUUUGCACAUGAAAGACGAAUGCUGUGCAUUUUUUUAAAUAUAUAAAGCAACUCACAUUAUGCAUCUAUUUAUUUUUAUGCUUUAGGUACUUAGGUAUUUUAUCCGCGAAAGUUAGGUCGUGGCAUUUUACUUUUACAUUCAAGAUAGCUGCCAGUGAGAGAACGACAGGUGCGUGUCAUGCCGCUGUGUGCUAUGCUGCCGGCAGAUAACUGCAAUGGGAGUGCUUAUUUCUGUUUUUCUUACCACAUGCUUUUUUUCGCUACAUGUAGCUGUUCUUCUUUUGUGUUGAUUUUUAUUGGGAGCUUUUGUUUCCUCGUCGUCUUUUUGGUGGGCUUGCAAGUGUAGCCCCUUCCACUGGUUAUUCGGUUGGAAUUGUUUGCUUCCGCCUUCUAUUGCAUGUUACUGCUGCUACUUCUGCUGCUUCGUCUCCCCUUUUUGACCGGACUAUUUUCGAGACCAUCUUUGCGUAUCUGCUUCUGGAUUAUUGGUUUAUUUCUCCCCUGCCUUAUUUUAUGAUGACACACCUGACCUGAUUAUCUCAUCAUCUGUCUUAUCCAAACAAUGAUAUGACUUCGCAUGCUCAUGA